AUGGUGGUUGUGGAAGGUGAAAACGAAUACAACAAAGAGCAUGAAGAACUGAUUCCAGGUUUACCAGAUGAAAUAGCAGAGAUUUGUCUUCUUCGUGUUCCUUACCCGUAUCUGCCUCUAGUACGCUGUGUUUCUUCUUCGUGGAAUAGAGCGAUAUCGAAUCCAUCUUUUCUACUCUCCAAGAAGAACCAUUCGAAUUAUCCACACCUCUUUGUGUUAGGUUUUCAUACACUAACCUCGAAACUCCAAUGGCAAUCGCUGGAUCUUUUUUCUAACCGUUGGUUUAUACUUCCUCAGAUGCCUCUCCCUAACGACACCGUUUGCUCAACCUCCUUCGCCUCCGCCUCGUUGCCGAGUCAGGGAAAGAUAUUCGUCAUGAGAGGAACUUCAACAGUCGUUUACCGUACAGCGGUUAACCAAUGGUCGACGGCGUCAAAGAUGAUAUCGGAGAAAUCUUACUUCGCGGCGGAGGAAUUGAACGGGAAAAUCGUGACCGUUGGUGGGAGUGGAACUGAAAUCUACGAUCCCGAGAGUGACACGUGGAGGAGAGGCGCGAAGUUUCCGGGGGAGUUGGAGAGAUACGAAACGGUGGUUAACGGAGGGAAGAUGUACGUAACGGAAGGUUGGUGGUGGCCGUUUGCGGUUAGGCCGAGAGGUUGGGUUUACGAAUUGGAGAAUGACACGUGGCGUGAGAUGAGAGAGGGAAUGAAAGACGGUUGGGCAGGAGAGAGUGUUUCGGUGUGUGGGAGGUUGUUUAUGAUACCUGACGUUGAUUUACCGAUGAAGGUUUACGAUGAUGAAACCGACACGUGGCGGUGUGUGAGUGGUGAGAGGUUACCGAGAGACAAAGUUAAGAAACCGUUUGUUGCGAGAGGAUUAGGUGAUAGAAUCUACGUGGCGUCGCUUGGUUUGAAAGUGGUGGUUGGUACGGUUGUUGUUGAUGAUAACUAUGGUGUGAAGGUGACGUGGCAGGUAGUGGAUGCACCGGAGGCUUUUGGGGAAUUCUCACCUUGUAGUUGCCAGGUGGUGUAUGCUUGA